AUGGCACAGAAAUCUGGAAAAGCAUCCAAGGCUUCUGCCGGAACGCCCAAGGGCUCUCUUCGUGUACAGGUGAAGGCUUCAGAAGAAAAGAGCCAGAAGAGGAAACGUGACGAAAGCGAAAGCGACGACGACUCAGAAAGUAUUGAUGUCUCUACGAAUGAGGAGAGCGACAACGAAAGCGAAAGUGACCAUAAAGAUGGCAGCAGCGAGUCCGAAAGUGAAGACGAAAGAAGUGAUGAUUCAGGAAAUGAGGGAGAUGAAGGUAGCGAUUCGGAAACGGAUGGAUCAUCAAAUGAAUCUGAGUACUCUGACGAUGACAACGAUGAGAUUCCAGCGCUACCUGCAAAGAAAAAGAAUAAGAGCGAUGGUUCUGAAGCAUUCUCCAAGGCUAUGAAUGCUCUCCUUGACUCCAAGCUGAAGGCACAUGAUAGAAAAGACCCUAUUUUAGCAAGAUCAAAAACACAAUUGAAGAAAUUGGAGAGUGAAAAAUUGGAACUCAAGGCAAAGAGGCAGCUUCUGGCCGAGAAGAAGGCAAAGCUGACAUCCAAUCGUGUGCGCAAUUUGCUCCCAACCGAUGAUUCGCUUGCUAGAGAGGUCUUGGAGAAGGAGAAAAAAUAUAGAAAGGUGGCUCAGAGAGGAGUGAUCAAGCUUUUUAACGCAAUAUUAUCGACGCAAACCGAAACAAACAAGGAGGUUGGUGCGCUUGAGGGUGUCGGACAAUCUAAAAAGAAGGAACUGAUUAACGAGAUCUCUACAGAGAAGUUCUUGGAUCUGGUGCAAGAAGCUGGUAAGAAUUAG